UUUGUACUGGAAAUCACGUAGGGCCUUCGGUAAUACGUGGUGAUCCGUAUAUACCUCUGAGUAAGCAAACAGAAAGAGAGAGUGAGAGAGAGACAUUAGAACACACUUCAGAUAGGCUAUGCCUUGAUACCGACGGGCACAAAGAAGGACAACCCAGUGUUACUAGAGGAGCGUAACUGGAAUAAGCGCUUUGAUACACGGUCCCUGUUUUACCUGUUUAGCUUCUUCCAAGACGGGAAAGCUCGCAGUUGACUGUUGAGAAUCUAUUUUAUCUUCCAACCCUCGUCUCGAUAUUCCUCAGCAUGGCGCUGGAAUGCAUCAAAAACUGCUGCAAGAGCUUUUUAGGCAAGGAGAAAGAGACCCAAGAGAUCACAGUGAGGAUGCCGCCAGCCCGGGCUUCUGCGGCUGGGGGACCCUACGGUCCACGGACAGGAGUCGGGGUCUCCGAGGACUACCUCCUGUCCAAACUACCUCCUGAUGGUAAAGACGUUCCUUUCGUGCUCCCCACUUUCAAGCCUUCCUACGUCCAACCUCGGGGCUCACGCCACCCCAACGAGGGGCUAGAGGGUACAGCCAGGACCACAUAUGCAGAGAGGAAGGCCGAGCUGUCGGCCUCCAGUCACAUCGUCUACAACCCUGACUUCCCCGGGGCCGGCCGCCGAGGGACCGCUAGAGACCAGACCUCAAUCCCCCAUGCUUCAGGCUGGGAUCUGAAAAAUGGUCGACAGAGACUCAGCAGCUCCAUGUUUGACCUGACCAACUCUCCUGGUCAGAUGCAGCGUGGGGACUCAGUGUCCAGUGUCCAGAGCAGUACGUCGUCCAUGAAGGAUUCCACUGAGAGCAGCCGUAGCCUUGAGUCUGUGAGCCUAUCUGGGGAGGAGAGAGAGCUGGGGAAGGUGUGCGUCCGUGUGAGUUACCAGGAAGCCCUGGAGCAGGUGUGGAUCACCCUAGUGCAGUGUUCCGACCUGAGCAUUCCUCUGGACAGCAGUGAGCAGCAGAGGGUCGGAGUCAAGGGCAUCAUCACCAUGGCCAAGCCUAUCCAGUUUAAGAGCUCCGUGAAGGAGGUCUCCCAGGAGCCAGUCUUCAUGGAGACCUUUGUGUUCUCGGUGCGUCUGCAGCCUCUCCGCUGCAGUGCUCUGGUGCUGCGCCUGCAGACGCAGCAGCCCAGGAGACGCACCGUGGCCGAGGGCGUCCUCUCUCUCCGCCAGCUGGGCCCCAAGGAGACCCAGCACUGGCUGCACCUCAGCCCCCCCUCCAAGACCUCCGUGUGUCACUGCGAGCUCCACCUGGCCACCUGCUUCCAGCCCGUCAGCGGACGCCUGCAGCUCCACAUCCUGUCCGCCCAGAACCUGCCCGCCUCCUCGACUCCCCUCAGCCAGGGGUUCUUUGUGAAGGUGGAGCUGCUGCAGCUGGGCAGGGUUCUGAUGAAGAAGAAGACUCCGAUGCUGCGCUCCACAGGGGGGCAGUGUGAGUGGGCGGAGGCAUUCCACUUCCCCCUGGCCAUCCUGGACCAGGGCUCCCUGCUCAACAUCAAGGUCUGCAGCCGUAGCUCCGUGCGGAGGAAACGCCUGCUUGGACAGGUUGAGCUGGGGUAUGACAGCUCCACCCAGGCAGCAUCAGAGCAGUGGAGGGACAGCAUGAGCCACCCUGAGAAGGUGGUGUUAGCCUGGCACCGGCUCAGCUGAGACCCCCAGCCAGGCCCCGCCUCAGCUAUGGAGUAAUCCCUGGUGUCCUGUGUUAAGUCAAUUUAAAAAAAGAAGGGCACAGAGUCGUUGGGUUCAAAGACAAGUUUGAUCGCGGUACAAAGUUGUCUGAGGUCUGGAGUCUGAAGAACUCCUUCUUAUCCUAAAGGUCUUGUGUGUGUGUUGUAUGUGUGUGUGUAUGUUGUGUCUGUCUUGGAGUGGAACUUUCCAGGGUGAAGUCCUGACCUGAUCCUACCAGGCUAACCAGAUGGCAUACUAAGUACAGAUAACGGUCAGAGUUUAUGACAUCCUUAAUAAUAUAAGGGUCAGUAUGUUUACGUAAGCCUAGUUUUCCUAGAGUUCAUUUGGAGAGUUCACGCAAGGAAUGCUGAACACCAGUAUCCUUAAUUUCUCUAACGCCUGACGUUAGUAGGGUCUCUACUGUGGCCCCCCGAACCUGAACCUGCACGCCGCCACACCUAGACCUCUGGCACAGUGAGCUCUACAUCUCCUUUGAGCUAGCAUGCUCACAGAGACUUUGUGUCAUACAGUGUGAGAGACACUGGACAUUCUAUGAAUGUCAGAGUGAGUUAAGAUUUUCCAGUUUGUAUCGUAUUGUAGAUAAGGAAAUUGAUGUGUGCUGUGAAUGUUUGUUUUGCGUGUGUGUGUUGUGAGUGUGUGUUGUGUGUGCUGUGAAUGUUUGUUGUGUGUGUGUGUUGAGUGUGUGUUGUGUGUGUGUGUGUGUUGUAUAUAUAGAGACCUGUAAUGUUGGACACUAAUUCAGUGGUUAGUAGCAGUAAGAGAUGGAUUUAAAGAGUUGUUUUGAAGAGUGCUAUUUACUGACCAAAUAUACUUAUGUCGAGUUUACUGUAUUUAUAUCCUGUACUGCCUUCUUUCCUGUUCUAAACUAUACAUAGCAUUAACCUACAAUACUAUGAUGUCAUCAGAUAUUGUGCAAGACCUUUCUUGUAUUGUACACAGUCGUGUAUCAAAGCUUAUAAAAUGUGUUAUAGUUUCAAAUAUUUAUUUUCUUAAGAUUAUUUAUCUUUAACGUAUAACCUUAUUGUAUGCAAUAAAGUACCUUCUCAUGGUGA